AUGAAUAAAACAACUUAUUCUGAUAAUCUUAAAGAUGCCGUAAGGAGGUGGCAUGCAAAGAGAAAGAAAGACUCAAACAAUCAAAUAAAUAUUGAAAACACUGCCUUAGAGUCAGAAAAUGUAUUUAAUACGAAAAAACAUGACAUUAGGCAUAUAUCAGUAUGGAACCACAAUAAUUCAGUUGAAUCAAACCAAUUAUCUCAUUCUGCAAACGAACAGAAAAGACUCAGACCGACUGUAGUUGAGAAUAACAUUAAAUACAUAUUUGAUGGACCAUUGUCUUUUGAUACUAUAAUGGCAUUAAAGAGGAAAAAAUCUAACAUUAUUUUUGGCAAUAACGGAAAAAUACUCAAUAGCAGCUCUAUUAUUGAACAUAAUGACUCCAAGUGCAAUUUAAUUCAGAGUUGUAAACAACAAAUUAGCAACCUCUCUGUAAUAGAAAACAUCAAAAACGAAAUUGAUGUUAUAUAUUCAAAGUCUAUAGACGCUAUUCAAAACUUUUCAAAGAGUAGCUCGACUUCAGAUAUAAUCAACAUAUUGGAAUACAUUCUGAACUAUUUAUCUUUCAGAAUUCAAGAAUUGUUAAGUAGCUCCAAUAAAAACAUCGACAUUAAUAUUGAAAGUUCUGAAAAGUCAUUGGGAAUGUGCAUUAAUCUUAUUCUAGAUAAAUCUAAUUCAACGGAUGAACGGUUUGACGAAACUGCACUAGAAUUCCUUGCAAAAUAUCCUAAAAUUUUUGAAUCGCUUAAAACGUUGACCAAGAUUGAGGAGUUAAAUUACGCGACACCUAACGAAAUAAACGAUUAUAUUCUCAAGUUUAAUUCACAAAUAGAAAAGAUUUAUAACUUAUUAUUAAAUAGGAGAAUUUAG